AGACUUCAAAAACAGCACCAUUUAGAAGUCUCCUCCUUUCUCCCUCUUGACUGCGUUUCUCAUCACACAGAUCUCGCUGCACCGCGUCGUCGCUCUUUCAAUCGACGGAUCAGAUCCAGGUGAUCUGAUUCAGGCGCCGGUUCCUGCUUCCAGCACCGAUACCUAGCUUCAAAAAGCAAAGAUGGAGAAUCUGAUUUCUCUUGUGAACAAGAUUCAGAGAGCUUGCACCGCUCUAGGCGACCAUGGAGAAGCAAGCGCAUUGCCUACUCUUUGGGACUCAUUGCCGGCAAUCGCUGUCGUCGGUGGUCAGAGUUCAGGCAAGUCUUCCGUGUUGGAGAGUAUAGUCGGCAAGGAUUUCUUACCUCGUGGAUCUGGGAUUGUUACCAGGCGACCUCUGGUGUUGCAGCUCCAUAAGAUUGAUGAAGGCAGAGAAUAUGCAGAAUUUCUUCACCUUCCCAGAAGAAGGUUCACUGAUUUUGCUGCUGUGAGGAAAGAGAUUCAGGAUGAGACUGAUCGAGAGACUGGCCGUACCAAACAAAUAUCUAGUGUUCCAAUUCAUCUUAGUAUUUAUUCUCCUUAUGUUGUCAACUUAACGCUGAUUGACCUUCCUGGACUGACAAAAGUUGCAGUUGAGGGUCAACCAGAUGGCAUUGUGCAAGAUAUUGAGAAUAUGGUUCGGUCUUACAUUGAGAAGCCAAAUUGUAUAAUAUUAGCAAUUUCACCGGCCAAUCAAGAUUUGGCUACAUCCGAUGCAAUAAGAAUCUCACGUGAGGUGGACCCUACAGGGGAGAGGACACUUGGAGUUUUGACAAAGAUUGAUCUGAUGGACAAGGGUACAGAUGCAGUUGAGAUAUUGGAAGGAAGAGCUUAUCGGCUAAAAUUUCCAUGGAUUGGUGUUGUGAACCGUUCUCAAGCUGAUAUAAAUAAGAACGUUGACAUGAUUGCUGCUCGGCGUAGAGAGCGUGAGUAUUUUGCCAACACACCAGAGUAUAAGCACCUUGCUCACAGAAUGGGUUCUGAGCAUCUUGGCAAGGUGCUCUCAAAGCAUUUGGAAACUGUAAUCAAGUCCAAGAUCCCUGGCAUUCAGUCCCUUAUCAGUAAAACCAUUGCUGAACUUGAAGCUGAAUUGAGUCGUCUUGGAAAGCCUAUUGCUGCUGAUGCAGGAGGAAAGUUGUACACAAUCAUGGAGAUUUGCCGUCUUUUUGAUCAAAUUUACAAAGAACAUCUAGAUGGAGUGAGGCCUGGUGGUGAUAAAAUUUACUAUGUGUUCGAUAACCAGCUUCCUGCUGCUCUGAAAAGGUUACAAUUUGACAAGCAGCUUUCAAUGGAAAAUGUUCGAAAGCUGAUUACUGAAGCUGAUGGAUAUCAACCUCAUUUAAUAGCUCCUGAACAAGGAUACCGCCGUCUGAUUGAAUCAUCAUUAGUGACUAUUAGAGGUCCUGCUGAGGCAGCUGUUGAUGCGCAUAAGGAAGUAGGGGCUCAAACCAAUUUUAUUGCUGAAAGUUUGAUUAUUCUUUGUGCUUCUUAGCUUUUGUCUUAUUGUCUCCGUUUUUAAAUUUUUUUCUUCUCUUCAAAUUUUGAUUCCUGUAAUGCAUAAUGCUGCUUAGUCUUAAAGACAGCAGACUAAAUUUGUUUGUCACAUUUCCAGGUUCAUUCCAUUUUGAAGGAUCUGGUUCACAAGGCCAUCAAUGAGACUCUAGUAUGUCCUUUCUAUGUUCUUUUUCUUCUUUUCUUAGUAGUGUUGUUGUUGUUGUUAUUAUUAUUAUAAUUAUUAUUAGGCUACAUACUAAUGCCUAAAGGCACUCCAACAAAAUUUCCCCUUGUGAAAAGGUCUAAUUUUGCUAAGGUACUAUAGGCUCUUCCAAGGACCUGGUUACAUACAUUAUUGUCAGAUAUGUUAGUGUUAUAACAUCUCAAAUACGUUUCUUUUUGCUAAUGAACAUAACUACAUGAUGUUAAGAAGAAAAGGGAAAAUAGUUUUAGUAUCCAAGCAAGAACAAGAGUUUGACUAGUUGUUCAAUUCGUUAGCUUUUUAAGUAAUGAAUAGCUUUGGAUUUU